UGAGCACGGAGACACAACAGAGACACAAUUUACAGAUGUAAAAGGAUAUUCGUGAGCAAAAAUCGGCGAGAGAUAAACGACGUUUAGAGAUAAAUGCGAAACCGUAUGACAAUAAAUAAUUUAUAUAAGACUAAUAUCGUCGGAGAAGAAAUCAACACUGCCUACUAACUAAGAAGAAGAAGAAGAAGAAGAAGAUACAGCGUAAUACGUGCGCGCGCGCAAAAUAUUUCCCUUUUUUGCUACUUCUAUUCGACGAAACGUUCGUUUUUGUGUAAGAAAUCUCCGCGCUACAAAGAGAGGAACAGAAUACGGAAGAGGAUAUCUACCACUUCGAAUAUUGAUUAGACAGCAGAGACGACGACGAGAGAGACAGAGAGAGACAGAGAGUGAGAAAAAUAUGAAAAUCACGAACAGGUCUUUUGGUUGCAAGUUUGCGGAGAGAUUCCCGCGGUCGUGUUUAUAAAAAAAAUUCCUAAGGCGAAGAAGAGGUGACGGACGAAGAAACGAGAAAGAGAUGUCUCUAAAUCACAGAUAUUACGUAACGACGAUACCGAACGAGGGCGAAGACAAUUUUAAAAUGCCAAGGGCUUCCGUGGUACACAUGGCAUCGACAGCAACAAGACCGCAACACAUGUCACAAGUUCUGGCGACUCUGGCGUUAUCUAUGGGUACUCUUUCAUCCGGUCUGGCCAAGGGUUACACCUCGCCAGCGUUAGACUCCAUAUUGGAUAAUCAAUCGCCUCAUCUUUAUCAGUCGUCCAACAAUGACACUUGGUCAGCUUUCUCGGUUACGCAGCAGGAAGCUUCGUGGAUUGCGUCGUUGUCCAUGCUGGGAGCUUGGUUGGGCGCGAUGAUCGGCGACUGGAUAAUGCGGAGAGGUCGUCGGCUGGCUCUGCGCGCGACAUCCUUACCCUUAGCGGCGGCUUGGAUCGUAACGGGCGUUGCGCCGUGCGUCGAACUGGUGUAUGUCACCAGUUUUAUCGGCGGUCUGUGUUGCUCGGUCAUCACCAUGGUGGCUCAGGUGUACAUAUCGGAAAUCUCGAUGCCGAGCAUUCGCGGAUGUUUGUCAGCAAUGUUGAAAGUAUUGGGUCACAUCGGAGUCUUGCUAUCGUACAUAGCCGGCACGUACUUGAAUUGGCGACAAAGUGCGCUGCUAGUGGCCGUCGCCCCGUCUAUGCUCUUUCUGGGGAUCCUUUUUAUACCCGAGACGCCGUCGUAUCUCGUGCUGAAUGGCAGAGACGACGAGGCUGCCACCAGUUUGCAAUGGCUGCGCGGAGAACACGUUGAUGUGCGACACGAAUUGGAGGUUAUCAAAACGAACAUUAUGGCUUCAAAGGCGAAGCAAUACGAGUUGAGUUUCCGAAACAGCGUGUUCACGCCAAGAUUGUACAAACCCAUCGCAAUCACAUGCGGUCUGAUGUUUUUCCAACGAUUUUCCGGCGCAAACGCAUUUAAUUACUACGCAGUGCUUAUAUUCCGUCAGACUCUUGGCGUGAUGAAUCCUCACGGAGCGACCAUAGCGAUCGGAUUUGUACAACUAUUGGCCGCUUUAUUGUCAGGAUUUUUGAUCGACAUCGUCGGCAGGUUGCCGCUUCUGAUAGCCAGUACCGUUUUCAUGUCUCUUGCGCUAGCCGGUUUCGGCAGUUACGCGUAUUACGUGUCGCAAACGCAAAAUUUAGGUUACGUGGACUCGACGGUAGUGGGCCAGCACGACUGGAUACCACUGCUCUGCGUGCUCGUGUUCACGACCGCUCUCGCCCUGGGCAUAUCGCCAAUUUCUUGGCUAUUGAUUGGCGAAUUAUUUCCCUUGGAAUACCGCGGCCUUGGUUCUAGCAUCAGCACGAGCUUCAGCUACUUCUGCGCAUUCUUUGGAAUCAAGCUCUUUAUGGAUUUCCAGCAGAGUCUCGGUUUACACGGAGCUUUUUGGUUUUAUGCGGCAAUGGCGGUUUGCGGAUUGUGCUUCGUAGUUUGCUGCGUGCCCGAGACGAAGGGCAAGCAACUGGACGAAAUGAAUCCAAAUUACGCGCAAACGCGGUAGUAUAAGGCCUCGCUGACGGGAG